GGCAAAUGUUGACCCUAUUUUCAAAAAGGGGAAAAGAGAGGACCCAAAUAAUUACCGCCCAGUCAGUCUGACAUCAAUACCAGGGAAGAUUCUGGAGCAGAUCAUUAAGCAAACAGUCUGUGAGCAACUAGAAAGGAAUGCUGUGAUCACCAAUAGUCAGCAUGGAUUUCUGAAAAAUAAGUCAUGUCAGACUAACCUGAUCUCGUUUUUUGACAGAAUUACAACCCUGGUAGAUGAAGGGAAUGCAGUGGAUGUAGCCUACCUUGAUUUCAGCAAGGCAUUUGACAAGGUGCCCCAUGAUAUUCUUGUAAAGAAGCUGGUAAAAUGCGGUCUUGACUAUGCUACCACUCAGUGGAUUUGUAACUGGCUGACUGACCGAACCCAAAGGGUGCUCAUCAAUGGUUCCUCUUCAUCCUGGAGAAGAGUGACUAGUGGGGUGCCACAGGGUUCUGUCUUGGGCCCAGUCUUAUUCAACAUCUUUAUCAACAACUUGGAUGAUGGACUCAAGGGCAUCCUGAUCAAAUUUGCAGAUGACACCAAACUGGGAGGGGUGGCUAACACCCCAGAGGACAGGAUCACACUUCAAAACGACCUUGACAGAUUAGAGAACUGGGCCAAAACAAACAAGAUGAAUUUUAACAGGGACAAAUGUAAAGUAUUGCACUUGGGCAAAAAAAAUGAGAGGCACAAAUACAAGAUGGGUGACACCUGGCUUGAGAGCAGUACAUGUGAAAAGGAUCUAGGAGUCUUGGUUGACCACAAACUUGACAUGAGCCAACAGUGUGACACAGCAGCUAAAAAAGCCAAUGCAAUUCUGGGCUGCAUCAAUAGGAGUAUAGCAUCUAGAUCAAGGGAAGUAAUAGUGCCACUGUAUUCUGCUCUAGUCAGACCUCACCUGGAGUACUGUGUCCAGUUCUGGCCACCACAGUUCAAGAAGGACACUGACAAACUGGAACGUGUCCAGAGGAGGGCAACCAAAAUGGUCAAAGGCCUGGAAACUAUGCCUUAUGAGGAACGGCUAAGGGAGCUGGGCAUGUUUAGCCUGGAGAAGAGGAGGUUAAGGGGUGAUAUGAUAGCCAUGUUCAAAUAUAUAAAAGGAUGUCACAUAGAGGAGGGAGAAAGGUUGUUUUCUGCUGCUCCAGAGAAGCGGACACGGAGCAAUGGAUCCAAACUACAAGAAAGAAGAUUCCACCUAAACAUUAGGAAGAACUUCCUGACAGUAAGAGCUGUUCGACAGUGGAAUUUGCUGCCAAGGAGUGUGGUGGCGUCUCCUUCUUUGGAGGUCUUUAAGCAGAGGCUUGACAACCAUAUGUCAGGAGUGCUCUGAUGGUGUUUCCUGCUAGGCAGGGGUUUGGACUCGAUGGCCCUUGUGGUCUCUUCCAACUCUAUGA